AUGGCUCUCUUCCACCCAACAUGUUUCAUGCCCUCCCCAAUCUCCAAUUUUGUGCGACCAAUCCCCACUUCCAUAACAAAUGCAUCAUCUCCCAUUACAAUAUUUGAUCUCGGUCAAAACUAUUUUGUUGGACAAGUUCCAACUCUAGGAUGGCUAAAUGAUCUACUAUUGCUAAGUUUGGAAUACAACUAUUUAGGUGACAAUUCAACAAAGGAUUUGGAGUUUUUAAAAUCUUUGACAAAUUGUACUAAGUUGCAAGUGCUUUCUAUAAACAAUAACAAUUUUGGAGGCAACUUGCCAAAUUUCAUAGGCAAUUUAUCCACUGAACUUAUUGAGCUAUAUGUUGGGUAUAAUCAGAUAUCAGGAAAAAUUCCUGCAGAAUUAGGCAAUUUAAUUGGCUUAACUCUAUUGGGAAUGGAACAAAACCACUUUGAAGGAAUUAUCCCAGCUGCUUUUGAAAAGUUCCAAAAGAUGCAAGAUUUAACAUUGAAUAGAAACAAGUUGUUAGGAGAUAUACCACACUUUAUAGGCAAUUUCAGCCAAUUGUAUUGGCUGGAUUUACAUCAUAAUAUGUUUGAAGGAAGUAUUCCUCCAAGCAUAGGAAACUGCCAACAUCUACAAUAUCUAAAUCUAGCUCAAAAUAAGCUUAGAGGAAUCAUACCCUUAGAGAUUUUUAAUCUUUUUUCCUUAUCAAUUUUAUUGGAGUUGUCACAUAAUUUUUUGAGCGGUAGCUUGCCAAGAGAAGUUGGCAUGCUAAAAAAUAUUGGUAAGCUAGAUGUUUCUGAAAAUAAUCUGUUUGGUGAUAUUCCUAUCAUUGGUGAAUGCGUAAGCUUGGAAUACCUUCAUUUGCAAGGGAACUCCUUCAAUGGAACAAUACCAUCCUCUUUGGCUUCGCUCAAAGGUCUUUUAUAUUUAGACCUUUCCAGAAAUCAAUUUUAUGGAUCAAUUCCAAAUGUCAUACAGAAUAUCUCUGGUUUAAAACACUUGAAUGUUUCUUUUAACAUGUUGGAAGGGGAGGUACCAACAAACGGUGUCUUUGGAAAUGUAACAUGUAACAAUGAUUGGAAACAAUAA